CCGGCCCUGCCCACGCUGCCCUGAGGUUGAAAUGCAGAAGUCAAGGCUCUCUUGUCGGGAUGUAGAUUUCCUUGUAGUUCUUUUCUUCCUCACGCUACUGUUCCCUCCUCAGCGGAGAUCAGAGAGGCUCGGGGCCAGUGCGGCCAGGAGCGCAGGAGGCCGGGAGUCGGUUCCCGGGCAUAGGGAUCCGUUGGGAUUUAGGGCCGGCCUCGAGGUGUCCCGCUCAGAGGAAUGGAACCUGCCUUCGGGGAAGUGAACCAGCUCGGGGGGGUGUUUGUCAACGGGAGACCCCUGCCCAAUGCCAUCAGGCUGCGGAUUGUGGAACUGGCGCAACUGGGUAUCAGGCCGUGUGACAUCAGCCGGCAGCUCCGCGUUUCCCACGGCUGUGUCAGCAAAAUCCUGGCUCGCUACAACGAGACCGGCUCCAUCCUACCGGGGGCUAUCGGCGGCAGCAAGCCUCGGGUCACCACUCCCACGGUGGUAAAACAUAUCCGGACCUACAAACAAAGGGAUCCGGGCAUCUUCGCCUGGGAGAUCCGGGAUCGCCUGCUGGCCGAUGGCGUGUGUGACAAGUACAACGUGCCGUCGGUUAGCUCCAUCAGCCGCAUCCUCCGGAACAAAAUCGGGAACCUGUCUCAGCAGAGUCACUACGAGUCUUACAAGCAGCACCAGCCGCCCCCACAGCCUGCUCUGUCCUACAACCACAUCUACCCCUACCCCAGCCCGAUCGCUGCUGCAGGAGCCAAGGUGUCCACACCUCCCGGAGUGCCGGCGAUCCCCAGCACCAUGGCCAUGCCCAGGACGUGGCCGUCCUCUCACUCGGUGACGGACAUCCUGGGGAUCCGGUCCAUCACAGACCAAGCAGUGAAUGACACUUCGCCUUACCCCAGCCCCAAGGUGGAGGAAUGGAGCAGCUUGGGCCGAAACAGCUUCCACCCGCCGACCCAGCAUGCCGUGAACGGGUUGGAGAAGAGCUCCCUUGAGCAGGAGGCCAAGUACAGCCAGGUGAUCUGGAUGGCACCCAAUUCGAAUCCCAUUUGUGAGACCUGCCUCUUACUGGCCACCUGCUUCCACGGCCAAAACACAGUGCCCUGUCCACCAACCCACAUGGCUUCAGGGCACUCCACCCGGAUGAAACUAAUAAAGAAAGUCAGAGAGGCACCCAAUGGCCUCCCAGCCGUCAGCAGUUUUGUGUCUGCACCAGCCAUGCCUCCCUACGCCACACCGGCCCAAGUGUCACCUUACAUGACGUACAGCGCCACUCCAUCCAGCUACAUGGCCAGCCAUGGCUGGCAGCACGCCGGGGGCACCCCGCUGUCCCCUCACAGCUGCGACAUCCCCGCCUCGCUGGCGUUCAAGGGCAUGCAGACUGCCAGGGAGGGCAGCCACUCUGUCACGGCCUCCGCUCUCUGA